UACGCAGUCUUUGGACGCACGUACCUGUUUGACUUGGACUUCUGGCAUAUCAAACGUGUCGUUUCCCCAGCCGACGAGGGCUCCUGGGAGGCCAAGUAUACCAUGGAUGCUCAUCACGCAGGGAAUUUUACUCGCUUUUUGAACCAUUCCUGCGAUCCGAACUGUAAUAUCGUGGCAUGUUAUAUCAACGAUCAGGACGUAGAGAAGCCACUUCUCGCCAUCUUUACUAACCGCGAAGUCAAGCCCGGUGAAGAGCUGUGUUUUUCGUAUUAUGGAUCCCCAGACGACGACGACGACGACCCGGUAAGUUCUAUGCUGACUCAAUCUUCAUCUGGGCUCAAACCGCACAUUGCACCCGAGGCUGCUGCCAACGUGUAUAGCGAGUGCAGAUGUGGGGCGCCGAACUGUAGGGGCAAGGUGUUCAACGGAGGGUCGUGA